UUUGAUUAUAAAAAAAAUACAAUGGAGAGCAUAAGUGAGUUGAGAUGGAGAGGGAAAAGCCUUAAAGGUAUCCAAACAAUGUCAAGAAAGAACGCAAGGGAGGAAUACGAAGACGAGCCACUGAGUCCAUCAGCUCUGAUGUUUCACGAACCCAACUUCAACGUGCAUGUCAUCGCAGUGAUGGGGAUCAAGUGCACCCUCCAGCCUCAACUCAUCAAGGACACCUUGGUCCACACCUUGCUAAAGCACCCUCGUUUUGCCAGCGUCCCGGUUGAGGACGAGAAGCAUAAAAUGAAAUGGGUGGUGACGAAGGUGGACUUGGAUCAACAUAUUGUUGUGCCGGAAUUAGAAACGGACGACGACGACUACAAUCCUCUCCUCCGCGGAGGGUCAUCGCCGGCGGACAAGCUCGUGGAAGACUAUAUUUACAACCUGAGCAAGACAAGCCUCUCCAAAUCAAAACCGCUGUGGGAUCUCCACCUCCUCAACCUCAGAACCGCCGACGCCGAGGCCGUCGCAAUCCUGAGAAUCCACCACUCCCUCGGCGACGGCGCGUCGCUCAUCUCACUGCUCUUGGCGUGCACUCGCCAGACCGCCCACCCUCAUCUCCUCCCCACCAUUCCGACAAAGAAAAGGCGGCCGCCGGCCGGCACCAUGUCGUCGACCUCCUAUGCAUCCCCGAAAUUCUGGACCUAUUUUGUGUCGCUGUGGCAUGUGCUGGUGAUGAUGUGGAACAGCUUAGGUGACGUGAUUAUGGCUGUCGCUACCGCCAUGUUCCUCAAGGAUACUGCUACUCCCAUCAAGGCUAUGCCUGGUUCUCAGUUUCAUCCCAGGCGGGUCGUUUUUCGGACUGUGAGUCUACAUGAUUUCAAAGUCAUUAAGAACGCCAUGGACAUGACCAUAAACGAUGUUGGAUUAGGAGUCACGCAGGCUGGAUUGUCACAUUAUCUCAAUAGACGAUAUGGCGAGGGCAAGGAGAGCCAUUUAGGAGAUAAUAUGGAUAACGGAAAGCAUCUUCCUCACAACAUCCUACUUCGGUCAACACUUCUUGUUAACCUAAGACCAUCUGCUGGAAUACAGGCAUUAGCAGAUAUGAUGGAAAAGGAGUCGGAAGCGAAAUGGGGAAAUUGGAUUGGUUAUGUAAUCCUCCCAUUCAGAAUUGCGUUGCGGGAUAAUCCCUUGGAUUAUCUAAGAGAAGCCAAGCAAACCAUUGACCGCAAGAAACGUUCGCUCGAAGCGCUUUACACUUUUUUUAUAGCUGAGUUUGUCCUCAAGCUUUUCGGCAUCAAGGUAGCAGGCUGGUUAUCACACAGGAUACUUGAGCACACGACGAUGUGUUUCUCCAACUUGGUUGGUCCUCAAGAGGAAAUCGGGUUUUGUGGUCACCCUAUGGCUUAUCUUGCUCCUUCAUCUUAUGGACAGCCCCAUGCAUUGAUGAUUAACUUCUUGAGCUAUGUAAACAAGAUGACCAUGGUCCUAUCAGUGGAUGAAAACGUUAUUCCUAAUCCACACCAAUUGCUAGAAGAUCUUGAAAUGUCCCUCAACAUCAUGAAGGAUGCUAUUGUUUCCAAGGACUAGUGUAAUAGGGUCCCAAAGGUGGUCGCUUGAUGAAGCUUCAUAGGUUGGCUGAUCGUUGAAACGCAUGGGGAAAAAAUCAUAAUAAAAAGAUUUCUUGUGGUGAGGAGAUGGAUUCAACAUGGGUGAAGAAUUCCCCUAUGUUCAAAAAAUUAAACGAUCCUGGAAGUAGAAUAAUUGUUGGUCUCUAGAUCAAAUAAAUUUCAUCACUUUUUAUCAAAAGGGUAACCAACAAAUAUGCAUAUUCUUUAGCCUUUUUUAUAUGAUCAAAGCAAAUACACCCAAAAACACAUAAAGUGUGAUUGUCGAGCAAACACCAAAUAAAAUUUCAAAAAUUCUUUUAUAUUAAAGCAAUGGAUAGUGUGAACAGUUAGUCAAAUUAGCAGUAGUAAGAACAUAUUAUCCUAUGAAAGUUAAAGGCGGGUAUCCAUGAAUUUGUAAUGCCCAAGCAUCAUUAAGAAUAAGUUGAUGUUUUCAUUCUACCCAUCCAUUUUACUAAGGUGUACCCACACAAGAUGUAUGAAAG